AUACACACUCAACCGCCCCCUCCUCGCAUCAACCGUGGUGUGAUGAUAAAAUAUCUCAAGGGUUAUCGUACCUUUGGUGACGAUACGCAAACGACAAGCGGGGCUAUUUUUGAUCGACGCAGCGGCGACCAUAAACUGCAACAAUUUGGAUAAACAUCUCGACCACCGUUAUCGCCCCCUCACGGUUAAUCGAGAUCGCCGGCUGGUCGAAACGACACUGACGGUGACUUUAAGUUGACUUUUAGGAAGAGUGGCGUUCACUUUCACGCCAGUCAUCCUCUUCGCAGGGUUAUUUUGAUGUCGCCAAGACUUUGGAAGAUUGGUUGUUUGUUAAGAAACUCCUGAAUAUGGCGGUAACAAACAAGGGCACCGGUCGUCGCCAAAGUCCAUUCACGUAUUAAAUACACAACGGCGUUGUUUGUUUAGAGACAAAUACAUUUUGAGUUAUCUCUUCAAGACAAUUCACGGAUACAUUCGAGCACCUGUUAAUGAAUCUUAUCAACUCGUGUUGUUGAAUUUAAUUGGAAUAUCAUCAAAGCAUUUUGGAAUACGUCUUAAGUUGGAUACAUUCAUCAUCUUCUUUAAAAGACCUUUAUUUCACAGGAUCUCGACUGUACAGACAUUUGGAAUUAUGGAAUCAAAACUUGGAUAUAUACCGCUAGUGAUUGCCGUCAUUUGUUCUUCCUUUAUCCUUGAGAGUCAUUGCUCGAAAUCUGCUGAAGAUUUAUUCGACAAAUUAAUGAAUAAAUACAACCGAUUGAUUCGACCAGUAGCUAAUGAUUCAGAGGUGCUGGAUGUAUAUAUCGGCCUUGCCCUGUCACAGCUUGUUGAUAUCGAUGAGAAGAAUCAGAUCAUGGUUACAAGUAUCUGGUUAAAACAGCAAUGGACGGAUUACAGACUAGUGUGGAAGCCUGAAGACUACGGGGGUAUAACCUACAUCCAUUUUCCCAUCGAGGAUCUAUGGGCGCCAGAUCUAGUUCUUUAUAAUACAGCGGAAGGCGCAUAUGCUGUAGAGGUGAUGAACAGUGCCGUGGUGUUCUACGAUGGGUUGGUCACUUGGAAACCUCCAGCCAUCUUUCGCAGUUCUUGCAGCAUCGAUAUUGAGUACUUCCCCUUCGACGAGCAGCGCUGCAUCAUGAAAUUCGGUUCCUGGACCUACGCCGGUGACGUCGUUGACCUGAUCGCUCUAAAGGCCAACGUUGAACGAGAGAACUACCGAGAGAAUGGUGAGUGGGAGAUCGUGGAAGCACCCGCAGCCAGGUCGGCCAUCAAGUACCCCUGCUGCACGGAAAUCUACAUCGACGUCACCUACACAUUCGUGCUGCAUAGGAAUCCUUUGUUCUACAUCAUCACCUUGGUGAUCCCCUGUGUGCUAAUCUCGUUGAUGACUGCCUUGGUGUUCUACCUUCCCUCCGACGCUCAGGAAAAGAUCACCCUCUCCAUCUCCGUUCUCCUUGCUCUGAUUGUGUUUCUCCUGUUGAUCCCUUCCCUCAUUCCACCAACCUCAAAGACCAUACCCCUCAUCGGUCGAUACAUGCUCUUCACAAUGGCCAUGGUGUCUCUGUCCAUCCUGGCCACAGUCGUCACCAUCAACGUCCACUUCCGCAGCAUCACCACCCAUGAGAUGCCUCCAUGGAUGAAGAAGUGGUUCUUGGAUUACCUACCUCGGGCGUUCUGCAUGGAGAGACCUGAUGGACUGAAGGCUAGGAAGGAGAAGAAGAUGAAGAAGAAGCUGCAGAAGGAAGCGAUCAGGAAGUACAACAACCCGUACAUGUACUCUCCCUCUUCAUCGUCAGGCGUCUGGGAAGAAAGAUCCGGGAACUAUGGUCAGAAUGGCAACUACAGAAUGUAUAAUGGAAAACCCUACAAUAAACUAGAGCUUCGAACGAUCACGCCAUCCCUACGGGAAGAGAUCGAAGGCCGUGAAGUAGAGAACACCACGAUGCGACGAUUCCGAGCGGACUCCAGCGAUUCCGACGACGGUAACUCAAGGAGUCGUGAACGAGAGUGGAAAGCGCUCCUAGGAUCUCUUCAGUAUAUCAAAGAUAACAUCAAUUACGAGGAUGAUGUUGACCAGUCGGAGGAGGACUGGAAAUUCGUAGCCUUGGUCAUCGACCGUAUCCUUCUAUGGGUCUUCCUCUUCGUAGCCGUUCUGGGUACGAUAGUCGUCUUCAUCGAGGCACCCAUCUUCUGGGAGAAGAGCGAUGCCCAUCCCAAAAUCGUCUACGAGGAACCUAUCCUCCUUUCCAGUCUAACAUCCGAAGAAAUAAAAGCAGGGGCAAGCGCACGAUAGCUGCUGAACUAUCGACGUCAUUAUAAGGACGUUGGAAUCCACCGUUAUACCAUGAUUUAGCCUUUGUACAGAUGACAUUUUAAAGAAAGAAAUUUCUCUUCGAUUAAGAGGCCCGUAUUCUAAAGUCGGGUUUGAUUUAAACUCUGGUUUAAGGCUGUGGGUUAACUAUGGAAUAGCGGCAUAAUUCUUUAAAAGUAU